AUGUACGAGCUGUUUGUAGCAUUACAUGUGCCUGUAUCCAUCGUCUUCCUCGCCAUGCUCUUUUGGCACUGCAAGAAUUUUCUCACGUCGUGGCACUAUCUGUGGGCGACUACAGCCAUCUGGUUCGUUUCAUACAUAGUUCGCCUAUUCUUCCUCAACUGGACAAACUACUUCCGGCUAUCGUGGUUGGUUGGCGAAGAGGCAGCUGUCACACUGAUGCCCGAGAACGCCAUCAAAGUAACGAUCCCAACGCAAGUAAAAUGGAAACCUGGACAAUAUGUUUAUCUCAGAAUGCCUGGCAUCUCGGUGUUCGAGAAUCAUCCCUUUACUAUUGCUUCCCUAUGGAGCGACGACUUUCCUUCUCAGUAUGGCGAAGAGUACAGGGAUAUGGUUCUGGUCUUUCGACCUUUCGGCGGCUUCACUAAGAAAGUGUUGGAUAGUGCGUUGGAGAAUGGACCUUGGCACACCUAUCGCGCUUUCAUCGAUGGACCCUAUGGUGGCAUGAGAAGAAGUAUGGACUCUUUCGACCACGUCGUGCUCUUCGCAGGAGGCAGUGGCAUCACCGCCUUGGUGUCUCAACUCCUCGAUCUGAUCAAGCGGCUGAGAGAUGGUAAGGCAGUAACCAAGACUGUUCAAGUGAUCUGGGCCCUUAAGCGUCCCGAAACCCUCGAAUGGUUCAAGGAAGAAUUGCGGAUCUGCAGAGAGUUUGCUCCGCCGGAUACUGUGCAAUGCCAGUUCUAUAUCACUGCUGCUAAAAGGCAAACCAGGACUGGAGAACUGGUAUCUGCACAAACACCUACGAGACCGAUCAGCAUGAUGUUCUACAACAAAGUCAACGAAGCAUUCCAGAAUAUUGCGAACAAUCGACUCUCCACCAUCUCAGCUAAUACGAACAGAAACUCUGCGUUGAUCAUGGAAGAAGCAGCAGGAGACCCAGAAAGAGAANNAAAAGCACUCAGACGCGAAAACGAAGACCGAAUCAGACCGCUGCCACAAGCACAUUUACUACCUUUGAGGAGUGCAUCACGUAAUGGACGUGUUUCUCCUCCUCCAUCAUCUGAGCCUUUGGCUUCUCCUCGACUUACAUUGGCAGAAAAGCGAAGAUCGCAGCAAAUGUCCAUACCACUACCUGACCCGGCCGCACCGGCCUAUCUCAAGCAAGGAACGCCACCUCAAGGUGACUUUGACUUUGGCUUCCCUUCCACGCCCACAGAGUUCCAGAAGAACCUCAUGCGAUUUGCGUUUUUGCCUGCCGCUGUCAAAUCGCGGAAGACGGGAUGGAGCACCGAAUAUGGAAGACCAGACAUUCCGUUUAUGCUCAGGGAGAUGAGCAAAGAGUGGACUGGACGUCGGACAUGUGUGUUUGUCUGUGGACCUCCUAGCAUGAGGGUUGAUGUCAGCAAUACAGUCGCCGAGUUGCAGAGGACAGUGUGGAAUAUGCCUGAUAGGGAUGAGGUGUAUUUGCACGCUGAGAAUUAUGCAAUCUGA